CUUUUAGUUUUUUGAGCAACCGCCGUAAUAUUUUUCAUAGUGGCUGCAGCAAUUUACAUUCCCCACAACAGCAUGCAAGAGUCUCUUUUUCUCCACAUUCUCAGUGAUACUUGCUGUCUAUAGACUCUUUGAUGGCAGCUAUUCAGUGAGGUGAUAUCUUACUGUGGUUUUGAUUUCUAUUUCCUUGAAUGAUUAGGAGUGUUGAGCAUCUUUCCAUGUGCCUCUUGAACAUAUCCAUGUCUUCUUUGCAAAAAUGUCUAUUAAUGUCUUUUGCCCAUUAAUCAGAUUUUUUUUAUAUUGAGUUGGAUGACCUGUUUAUAUAUUUUGGAUAUUAACCUCUUAUUGGUCAUAUCAUUUGCAAAUAUUUUCUCCUAUUCAGUAGGUUGUGAAACUAGUCUUCUUGCUUGAAAAUCCUGUAAUAACAUCACUUGGGUCAGUUUUCAUUCUCCUCAAGAACCACUCAGCUGAGUGCUGUCUUACCCAAUUUUUACCAAUAGAUCCAUCACUAGGAUCUUAUACACUGGCAAAGAAAGCGUAAACUUCAACUGAAGAAGAAAUAGCUUAUACAUCAAAACAAUUGCAAGGUGUUGCUAAUACAUAUGGGCAAAAGCCUGGGGAAUAUGUGGGAAAAUGGAUUCUAAGAAUGUGAGAUGAAGGAAGAACACUUGACUACCUUGGGUGUCAAAUGUACUGAUACGGGUGCACUUAUAUAUUCUGGACACGGCUCUGUGCUUGACUGGUUAACUAGAAACACUCAGUGGUGGCCUACAUUUAAUGAAGUUGAGACACCAAAGCUUCCCUGGCAUUGUGCAGAGGGAAUCCAAAAAUGGAGACAGGAGUGUCGAAGUAGACAUGUCUUGUAUGACCUGCACACCACACCUCACCUUCCCCAACUACAUUCCCUGAGAAGGCCAGCUUAAAAUAACAAACAUUUCAUAUAUCUCACAGUCCUAAGGGUCAGGAGUGGUGUAGCCCUGGCCCAGGGUCUCUCACAAGGCUUUAGUCAGGAUGUUGGCUCAUCCAACAUUGAGUCAGGACAUUAUCUCAGGCUGAAGGAUCUGUUUCCAGGAUGGCUCACUCGCAUGGUGCUUGGGCGGGGGGACUUUCUCACAUGAGCCUCUCCAUGGUAGUUUAUGUGUCUUCACAUCGUGGUAGCUGGCUUCCUCCAGAGCAAGUGACCCAAGGGACAAAGAGUGAGGCAGAAAGGCCAUGAUGUCAUGCUGAGCCUUGGAAGUGAAGCUAUAUUCUGUUGAUCACAUAAACCAACCAUGAUGCCUGUUGGAGGGGACUGCACAAGGGCCGGAAUACCAGAGGCAGGAAUCCCUGGGCUCCACCUUGAAAGCUGGCCAUCACAGCAACUUGACUUCCACCAACUAACUGCCAUUUUCCUUCUCUGUAGUCACUCUUGGCUUGUUAGGCUUCUGAGGCCCAGGCUCAUGGAGCCAGUUUCAGGAUGGCUUAAUAAAGAUUUGGUUUAUGAAUCGUGGAAAUAUAGUGAAAUGAUGGGCCAAGAACUAUGUGAAGAACUUCAGUGAAGAGAAAUUAAUUAAUAUGAUGCAUUCUUUCCCAACAUUGAAGAUUAUAGUGGGACAAUGGAUCUGUUUGGAGACAUAGAUGACAUUUCUUCAGAUAGUGAUGGGGAUAAUCAACCACCCAUUCAAAGACAGCCUGUUACAGAUGGAUGUGGAGUGCCUCAGAACCAGCAGGAGGAAGAGCCGAUUUCUGAAACCAAAAUAGAAGUAGAAAUUCCUAACAUCAAUUCGGAUUUAGGAAAUGAAUUAUACUUUGUUAAACUACCCAAAUUUCUCAGCAUAGAAUCCAAGCCUUUUGAUCCUCAGUAUUAUGAAGAUGAAUUUGAAAAUAAGAAAAUGCUUGAUGAAGAAGAGAGAACCAGGUUAAAAUUAAAGAUAGAAAAUACUAUACGAUGGAGGAUACACCGGGAUAAAGACGGAAAUAAAAUUAAAGAGAGCAAUGCUUGGAUAGUCAAGUGGUCGGAUGGAAGCUUGUCCCUACAUUUGGGCAAUGAGGUGUUUGAUGUCUACAAGGCCCCGAUGCAGGCCAAUCACAACCACCUGUUCAUCAGGGAAGACAAUGGUCUGCAGGGACAAGCCGUCUUUAAGUCCAAACUCACCUUCAGACCUCAUGCUACAGACUAUGCCACACAUAAAAAGGUGACCCUGCCAUUUGCUAGUAGAUGCUCAAGGAUGCAGACGAUUAGAAUCUUACCAGUGGCGGGUCCUGAUCCUGAAUGCCAGCGUGUAGAGUCGAUUAAGUCCUUACAGAAAGAAGCACGUUUGAGGGCUUCUGCUCACCAGGAGACAAUGCUUCUGCAGAACCAGGGGGUGCCAAGUGCCCCCUACCAGGACUCGAGCAGUGAGGAGGAGGGUGAAGCCGUCGAAAACCACGACCAAGGGGAACGCAGAGAGGAAGGGGCCAGAAUCUAUUCUCCAGAGAGUGAUGAGGGACCAGAUGAAGAUGGGGCUCAAAGAUCACUGACAGCAAAGAAACUCACCACUGAUAAGAUGAACCGUCCAGAAAGAGGAAAGCAGGGGGUGAAGAGGAAGAGGAUGACUGAAGCAUAGAACGUGUACUCACUAUAAAUAUGGUUUUCAACUGCUUGCUUUAAAACAAUGAUGAAAUGACUUGGGAUUGAAGUGAGGAACUGAAUUCCUUUUGCAUAAUCCUAGUUGUGGUUUUAAAAUGUUUGGAAGCAAGUCUGUGACUUUAGAAAAUCCAUUGUUCCCAGGUGAGGCCAUUUUGGUAACAGUUUGCGCUGUGUCUUGGGUUUUUUUGUCAGAGCAGGCAUGGCACAAGAGAGCUCACUGGAGAGUCAACGCUUUGUUAUGUGUUGUAUGGGCCUUACCAGUUCUAAUCCUCAGAACUCAAAGGGCUGCUGCUGUUCUCAUACUACAGAUAUGGAAGCUAAGUUAGAACUUAAGACUUUUAUCCAAAGCUUUUUAUUCUCAAGUUAAAAAAAAGCGUUUUUGAGGCAAGGAUCAGGAACUUAUGUGCACGGCCAUCACACUGCUGAGCAGGUCUGUUACUGACCUUAGGGAGAAAGACAUCCAAAAUGCGGGGAGAAACGGUCACCAGGAGUUCAGAGGAAAACAGAGCACUGGGAAACAAGAUACUAGAUUUGACUGUUAGCUUUUUGUCUAGUGCAGUAGCUGGAACAUAAUAGGUACAUGAAGGUUUUUUUUGUUGAAUGUACAAACCAAUGAUGUUACAUUGGGCAAGUUAACUUCUCUGAAGUCAGUUUGCUCAACUUGGUGGGGUCUGGACUUGACCACUGUGAAUCUUUCAUGAUUUAAUGCUUAUAUUCCUCUACCUCUGAGAUGUGAAAAAAUAUGUUGUUUUUUUUUUUAAAGAGUCUUAUUGUUCAAUAGAAAAGGUUAAAGAAAAAUGGCCCACUUACCAUGCAGGAAACCUGGAUAUACAUUAUAAUUCCCUCCCUUUUAUAUAUUUAAAGUGUAAUUUCAUGCAGUAAACACAGCCAUAAUUAGCACCAGCUCCAGAAAGGCCAUUUAGAGACUCAUCUAAAUUGCUGAGAGGUACUAUCACAGUUCAGUCAUAAGGUUGACUAUUCUUUACAAUUUUAUUGAGGUAUAGCUGAUUUACAGUGUUGUGCUAAUUUCUUUGGUACAGCACAAGUGACUCAAUUAUACACACAUAAACAUGCUUUUCCAUAUUUUUUCAUACUUUUCCAUUAUAGUUUGUCACAGGCUAUCGUCCCCUGUGCUGUUCAUCCAUCCUGUGUAUAACAGGAUGUCUGUUUCUGUGCCAGUACCACACUAUUUUGGUCACCAUAGCCUUGUAGUAUUAUCUCAAGUCUGGGAGGGUUAUGCCUCCUGCUUUGACAAUUCUGGGUCUUUUAUAGUUUUAUAUAAAUAUUAGGAUUAUUUGUCUUAAUUCUGUGAAAAAUGAAAUGUGUUAAUUUGAUGGGGAUCGCAUUAGAUCUAUAGGUUAGGUUGGCUAUUUUUAUAGAGGUGGCCUUGAGUCUCUGCUACUUUAGCAACAGGACUGGGGCUAAAGCUGGGCUGAGCCUAGAGGCCACCAACCCUUGCAGACAUGCUGGAAAGCUUAAUAUUUGGUACCUAGAGGAGUGAGGUGCCAUUGGCUGAGCAAGAAGGCUCUCUCCCCACGGCUACAGCGCCUGUCUCCAUGGCCCCUCGGGGAGGAGCUGAAGUUAACUGACAACCGAAGCACCCAAGCCUCUGACUCACCAAAGCGGACGGGCAUCAAGGCUUCCCGCAUGUGAACGUAAGCCCAACAGGCAUUCUCGGAAAGCCAGCCAAUACUAAAGAUUCAAGAGAAAUUUCUUUAUUCCUUAAGUUUCAAAGCUGAAUUAUUUGAUAUUUAUCCCUAAAACUUUCCUCAAACCCAUCACACGUUUCACUGAUUUCCUCUUUUGGUUGGUGGAUUUAGGUGACUGAUAAGCAGUAUCUAUGCUUUACCUUAGAAAUAAUCUCUAAUAGCAGGAUUGGCUCCCCUCAGGCCCAGAACACACUGUAUCAUACGUCCCUCUUUCAAUUUGUCAACUCAGUUUAAAAAAAAAAAAACUCAAUUUGACUUUAUGGACAGGCCAGACUGAGUACUGAUGGUAUGAGACUGAACCAUAUGAACUUACUACCUUAUGGGUAUAAAUGGUCAAGUACUGACAGUUUCAGAAUAACUCAGGGAAAUUAAUAAACUUGUUCUUAAAAGGUAUGUAAGGAGUGAACUUUAGAACAUAGGCAUUAAAGGGAUUUUCCAAACAGUCUAAGUCUACAGUAUAUUUGAUAGACUUUAUUGAAAUUAUUUGUUCCAAUAUGAAAUUUUAAAUCCUAAAUGCCUGUAAUCCAUAUUCUUCAAAAGAAAAUUCACUGUGCUAUUAUGAACCAGUAUUAUUAAUAUGAAUAUUCUGUAAUAGUUUAUUAAAAUUGAAAAAGUAAGCACUUACAGCAUUUUUAUAUUUUAGCAUUAAAAAAUGUAUUUAAAUGCCCAAUUUCAUGUGACAAAGAAUGCACUGUUACAAAAGUAAUUUUCAAGCUUUUAAACGUACCUGAAACCAAAUAUAAUUCAUCCAAAAGACUAAAAAAAAAAAAA